AUGGCUGAGGAAGCAAAGGAAGAACAACCCCACGUCCACGGAGAGAACUGCAAUCACGAUCAUGAGGAGCAUGAUCAUGACCACGAGCAUGAGGGAGAAGAGCUUGAUCCCAAAUCCAACAGAGGAGAAAAGAAGUUCAAGAAGGCCAUGACCAAGAUGGGUCUCAAGCCCGUCACUGGCAUCAACAGAGUCACCAUCAAGAAGGGCAAGGCCUUCGUCAUCAGCAUUGAUGAUCCCGAUGUCUGGAAGACCCCCGGAAACGAAAACUCCUACAUCAUUUUCGGAAAGCCCAACAUGGACGGCCUCCAGACCGGACAAAAUGAAAUCAACCAGUUCAAGAAUCCAGUUACCCCUGAAGGAGCUGAAGAGGCCAAGGUUGAGACUCAAGCCCCAGCUGAGGAAAAGGGUGAGGCUUCAACAGAAGAACUCAACGAGGAAGGCUUGACCCCCGACAACAUCAAGAUGGUUAUGGAAUACACCAAGUGCACUAGAGCUGAAGCCGUUGCCGCCCUUAGAGCGACUGAAGAUGAUUCAGUCAAUGCCAUCAUGAAGCUCACCAAAUGA